UCAGUUUACAUUCGCCGCCCCAUGGAGAUGAAGAGCAUCGCUGCAUUGCUCCUGUGUGCCGCCUGCUGCUACGGUUACGUCGCAGUAGCCCCAGCGAAAAUGGAUGGAGACGACUGCCUGCACGAGCAGCUGAAGAUCAAGAACAACAAGACUUUGCACAGUGAGCAUCCAUGCGAGUCCUUUCAUUGUGACGCCCGUCACAAAGUGGUCUACGUCGAAGGGUGCAUCGCUGUUGGUUUGCCACAUGCCGGCUGUCAUGUAACGCACGGAGCUGGUCCAUUUCCCGCCUGCUGCAAUAAGAUCGUCUGCCACCCCGAUGAGCCGUCGAUGGUACAUUCUGCGCUUGCAGAGAAUUCUGCUAAGCACACGUGAAUCUCUUUCUUGUACGCACCAGUGGCACUUACAUCUCAAAAUGACACCGUAAAAUGCACUCAUUCAUGCGGGUGGUGAUGAAAAUAAAAACACUUUUACCAAGUA